AAUGGCAAACUCUAAAUAUGAGUUUCACCAACCUGUCUUCCAAUUUUAGCCCUAAUAUCAUAGCCUCAAUCUUAUUGAUAUAUUAGGAUAAUUAAUUAGUGUUACAUAUUCUUCUAAUUCUAAUUCCCACAUUUUUAAUCUCAAGGUGUAGGUACACGUGAAGGUUGAAUUUCUGGCAUUUUUCGUAUACGCGAAUUGUUGAUUCUCUUUCACCUUACAGUAUUUUGUGAUAAUUUGUGUUAGAAUUCAAGAGAUUCUGAUAUAUAAUUAUGUGUGACACUAUUUCUGGACGUGUUAGUUUUGAACAACCGGUUAAAGGUAUUGAGAAUGAAAAUUUGGAGGAUGAAAAGUUGACAAGGCUUGGAUCCUUAAAGAAGGUAGCAAUAAGUGCAUCUUCUAAGUUCAAACAUUCCUUGAAGAAGGGGCGAAGGAAUAGUAGGGUUAUGUCUGUUACUGAGGACGAACUCGACAUAGAAGAGUUGCAAGCAAUUGACGCUUUUCGCCAAACACUAAUCCAAGAAGAAUUGUUGCCCUCAAAACAUGAUCAUCAUCAUAUGAUGCUAAGAUUCUUGAGAGCAAGGAAGUUUGACAUUGAGAAAACAAAGCAAAUGUGGGCAGAUAUGCUCCAAUGGAGGAAGGAAUUCGGCGCUGACACGAUUAUGGAGGAUUUUGAGUUCAAGGAGGUAGAUGAAGUUCUAAAAUACUAUCCUCAAGGAACACACGGAGUCGAUAAAGAUGGAAGACCUGUUUACAUAGAAAGAUUGGGUUUGGUUGAUUCUAACAAGCUGAUGCAAGUAACAACUAUGGAGAGAUAUCUUAAGUACCAUGUAAGAGAGUUUGAGAAGACACUCAAUGUUAAGAUGCCUGCUUGUUCGAUUGCGGCAAAGAGACACAUUGAUCAAAGCACAACUAUCUUGGAUGUUCAAGGAUUGGGUCUCAGAAGCAUGAAUAAAGCGGCAAGAGAUCUCCUCCAGGGGCUUCAGAAGAUUGAUGGUGAUAACUAUCCCGAGUCCUUGAACCGUAUGUUCAUCAUCAAUGCUGGUUCUGGAUUUCGGAUGUUGUGGAACACUGUUAAGUCCUUCCUUGAUCCCAAAACAACCUCCAAAAUCCAUGUACUAGGUAACAAAUACCAAAGCAAGUUGCUCGAAAUCAUUGAUGCAAGCGAACUUCCCGAGUUCUUGGGGGGUACAUGUACUUGUGCAGACAAAGGUGGUUGCAUGCUUUCGGACAAGGGACCAUGGAAUGAUCCCGAAAUCAUGAAGAUGGUUCAAAAUGGCGAAGCAAAUUGCAUAAUGAAUACUUUGUCCCGGAUCGAGGAGGAGAAAACAAUCAUCACAGAUGAAACAUUGUGUCAAAAGGAUAUUAAGGAAUGUAAUUCUUUCAAAAAAGAAUAUGCUCUCGAGGAGGCGUGUCAUGCUAUCGCAGAAGUAGCAAAACAAUGUAAUAAUGUAUAUAAGUUCGACACCUUGGUCUCAAUGAAGGACAAACCAAUGUCUUGGAAUGAAGCCAUACAAAAUGAUCAAAAGGCGCUUUCUAAAGGUGCAAAUUGUUCUGCUGGCAACAUUUUCAAGACUUCAACUAGAUUUACAAAUCAUUUUGCUGGCGGAGUCAUGGGCAUUGUUUUGGGGCUCAUUACGUUAAUCCGCAUGACACGGAACAUGCCAAAGAAAAUGACUGCAAUUGCACUCUACGGUAACUCAGUAUUAUAUGAUGGCAAUAUGAUGAAAGCAGCGCCUGUCAUAUCCAUAGACGACCGCAUCGCUCUGAUGAAGCGCAUGGCCGAUCUAGAAGAGGAGGUGAAUACUCUCAUCACGAGGCCUUCCAUGCCACCUGAAAUGGAAAAACUGCUCAACACUGCUCUAAACCGCGUCGAAGCACUCGAGGAAGAGUUGGCUACAACCCAGAAGGCACUUGAAGACUCGCUUGCUAAGCAAGCGGAGCUUCAAUCAGAGCUUGACAUAAAGAAAAAGAAGUUUUUCUACUGGUAAUUAAGAUGAUAGGUGUUCCUGUCUAACCUCAAAUCUUAAACAUUAGUUGAAGAGUUGUAAAUUUGGUGGCGUUUCUCUAUCAUAUCAGCCCCAUGGAUGCUAUAGCAUUCUGCUUUGUAUAAUUAUAUUUUCUGAAUAAUAUAUAAACAAUGUAUCAUCCUUCACAAUUGUGUAUAUAUCAUAUAUGUGUUAAUAAAACUAGGCAAUGAUUAUUUUUAACAA